AUGCCUUACAGUGGCAACUACCGGGGAUGCUUCUGGAACGCACAGGCGCUUUGGGCUGCCCGUACGUCGAAUCAGAACGCCAAGUUCGGCCUGCUCACGAGGCUCCUCGACACCCACGACUUCGCUGGCGUCGUGGAGACCCAUGGCACCGACGGGAAGGUUCGAGGACGACACCUCCCCGCCGGGACGGUUGCCUUUUGGAGCUGGAACCUGGCCGGUUGGCGGUGCUUCGACUUAAAAGGCCCGCUGGGCAACCUCGACCUCUUCGUGGCCUACCUCGCCACUGGCGGAGAUCGGGUCGAAGACCAAGCAAGCAGGAGGGCAACCAUCGACACCCUCCACCUCAGCACGACAUCCCAGACGAGCACUCUCAGCAUUUACAUGGGGGAUUGGAAUUUCGUUAUGGAGGAAAAGGACAGAUGGUGCAAAACAUCGGGUGCUUGGACGGGCGCGAGGGACCACGAGGAGAAACUUGCGUUCGAAGCAGUGGCACUACAUCCCCAUAGGAUGCACGAGCUCGAGCAGGACCUGCACACGUUCCACGGCGGUCUGCACCUCGCGCGCCUGGACAGGAUCUAUAGCAACCACCACGUCCUGGAGCAGAUCGACAAGUCCAUGACGUGCACUGCGCUCCAACGUACGCGUCUGUCGGGCCAUCGCCCCCUCAGCUUCUCCUGCCGCAAGCGCGAGAAGCUUCCGAGCGACGCUCCGAACCUCAACCCGCACCACUUGCGGAAUGCACGCUGGGCAAAACGGGUCGCGGCAGAGUUGGAGGAACUCGAAAAGGAAGACGCCCGGACCAACGAUAUCCGACGGCUCGUCUUAGCCAAGCGGGCCAUGAGCACUGUCUCCAGCAACAUGCAGAGGGAGGAGGAGACCAACCCGGCAAGGAGCAUUGGGGACCAGCUUAGCUGCACCCUCAGCUUCAUCCGUGCCGCUGAGAAGACCCAUGUCCGGACGAUGCGCCGGAGGGCGGCGGACUACCCUGAAAUUCGAGAGUACGUUGAUCCAAAAGACCCUGAGGCUCGCAGCCGGGACGGUUUUCAGCGUCUGAAGGACCAUGCCCUUGAUGUCGCUCGCCAAUCGCUCACGGAGGAGAUGCGGGACCUCGCGGCCGCCCAACUUGAGCCGAAUGACCCGCGCCGGAAGGCUCGGAAAGAACACAUUUUACGGAAACUCAAGCGACUCGUCCCUGGCGCCAGUGACGCAAUCAAGGCCGUGAAGGACCCAGAACACGGCAUGUGCACGUCCCCGGAGGAGAUCGCCCGCUGGGAGUGGAGAGUCAGCCACCAGGACGUGGCGCAUGCGAUUUCUCACAGCGAGAACACCAUGCCCGGACCUGACGGCAUCCCAUUCCAGGCUUGGAGACAGCUGGGCCCGCUGGGAGUGGACAUCCUCACCAGGGCGGCAUGGGCGCUCGAGCGCGAGGACGCCGAAGACCUCUUGAUUGACGGCUACCGCGACGAGUCCGACGAAAGCGACCACUUCUUCAACUUGAGCACGCUGGUCUGCCUGCCCAAAAAAGCAGCCGGCACCACGGACAACGACCUUCCCUUCUUCCUCCCGGAGGGGACGCCGCGGUGCUUUGCUUACGCAGACGACGCCGCCUUGGUGAUCGACAACAUCACGGAGCAGGGGCCCCGGCUGGCUCGCUUGUUCGAUGAGUUCUCCCGCAUUUCUGGUCUGGAUCUCAACCUCGGCAAGUGCAUUGUCAUCCCACUUGACGGCGGGAACACGACGGAAUUCCAGCAGCAGCUUGCCCAAAACGUCCCCGCAUGGGGCCAGAUGCAGGUCCGCCUGAAGGGCAAAUACCUCGGCUUUAUUAUUGGGCCCGCCAAGGAGGAGGAGAGUUGGAGGGAACCGCUUGAGAAGUACGUCUCACGCUGCCGUGUUUGGUACAAUAUUGGCGAGGGGCUGCAGUACAGCGCCCUCGUCUACAACACAUUCGUCGCAUCGGUGCUGACCUUCGUCAUGCAGCUGGAGCGCCUCCCAGACGAAUCCCUGACGCGGGAGUCGCAGGUGUUGCAACAGAUGGCUAAGGGGCCCGGGGGAUGGUUCCUCAUCGCGGACCUUUUCACGCUCAAAGAACGGUUUGGCAUGGCGAAAUCUUUCCACUCCCUAGCAUGGCUGGCCCUUUCGGCGAGAUGCAGGGUGGGCAGCUUCGACCGGGCCUGCAGCCAAGGGCGUCUUCGGGAGCUGUCCGGCAAGCUCGCCAGGGCUCGUGGCUUGGGGUUGCGUCCUCAUGUCCUCGUGGAGUGGCGUGAGUGGUUCAAGGGCGCAUUCGUGCUGAACCUCGAACAGGCGCAGGACUACGUGCACCGAGUCUUAGGAGGGAUGCGCAAACUACAGAAUUCCAUGGCCGACGACGUGUUCCGAAAAAAAUUCCAGAAAGUUGUGUACCAGGGCAUCUUGGACAACGAGGCCCCCCACGCUCUGAUGCGGGUGCGGCACAAACUCAACCUCCGCCACCUGUGGGAUGCCUCUCUCUUCCCACAGCCGCCGGGCACCAGCGUCUUGCAGAGCACGCCGCACUACGGGGCUCGCCGGGCCCUCCGGCAACUUCAGGAGCUGAGGGCGGUGGUGGCGCCACGCGUGCAGUCAGCGGUGUUCAGCACAAUGUGGAAUAGAUGGACAACCCACCGCCGCUUCCAACAGCGCCACGCCCCUACCAAUCGCUGCCUGCUCGGGUGUCCGCCCGGGGCCGAGGACUCAAUUGAGCAUUGCUGCCGAUGCCCGUUGACGGCUCGGCUGCUGCAGCGGCGGCUCAACCUGGACGCGUCGAUCUUUGGCAACCUCCACACGUUCAUGCUCACGAACAUCCACAUCAAAGACGAGGAGACGCUAUGCAAGGUAGGGUUACUGAUCUACGCCGUAUACAACGCCGUCAACAGCAUUCGACACAGCGAGGUGGCACCCGAGGCCUCCUUCGACUGCAUGUGCCAAUCCUUGCGGGAGGCGGCCAAGAGGCACAGGUACUCGACCGCGGUGCUCGACGGCGCCUUCCGGACACCGCGGGGGGCGUCCGAGGCUUCCGAGCCCACGCAGGGCAGCCUGGCCGACGGGGCAUUUGAAGCCGGAAAGGGGCACCCGCAGAAGAAGCCGCCCACGUGCGCCCGCUUCUCCGCCGCCGCGGGCUCUGUCAAGCAAGGGCCCAGGGAUCCGGGCCGUGGGAACGUGAUUGCCGUCGAUCGGCAGGACGCGGUGGCAAGGAUAUUGAGCAUGAUAAGCGAUAACCUUGACCAGGCACAGUCGGAGGCCAUUGCACUAGCGGGGUGCAGCAGCCUGCAUUGGAGCAGGCGUGCGGGCUUUUCCGUUCUCGCCGCCGCCUCGUGUGGCAGCAUCCCCAGGACGGCGGCGACGACGACGGCGGCGGCAACGACGGCGGCGGCGGCCUCCUCCAAGGCCGCCGCGCCGCCCGCGGGCCUCACGGCGGCGCCCCCGCCGCGCCUGCCGCCCGCGCCCUGCGCCUGCGAGGGCCGCCCGAGCCUCGGCGCCCGCGAGGAGCGCCCCGCGCGGGCGCCGGCGGCGGCGGCGGGCGACCGGCGUGCGGGCGCCCGGGUCCUGAGCGCCGCAGCGCGCUGGCUGUGCCGGCCGAGUCGCAGGCGCUGCGCCGACGGCGACGCGUGCGUGGACGGGCAGGCGAUGCUCCGCUGCCUGCUCUGCAGGUGGAGGAUCGUCCUCGCAAGGUGCCCGACUGGGGCGCGGCGCUCGAGGCGGCCCUGGGCCAGCGGCACGCGCGUGCCGUCGCCGCCGAGGUCGGCGGCGCGCCGCACUGGCACCGCGUCUGCCGCUGGGAGGUACGCCUCCUCCCAGCAUCCACUGAGGGCGCCACGCGAUGCGGGCGCGACAGGCCUCAGUGUGCACGCGCGCAUACCGCACCGCGGCGCCCGGCGACUGGAACGCGGGCGGCGGGCUGGAGCGCGGCGGGGAGGCGCUGUGGCAGCUGCCCGAGGUCCCGCCGGACGGCGUGCGCGUGACGCUCCAGCUGCUUGGAGUGGAGAGCGCGAAGCGGUGCAUCGGGGCGGGGCCCGCGGCCGCCGUGCAGGCCCAGAGGCUGGGCGGGCCUGCCGCGCCGGGCGGCGCGGCAGGGGUGGGCGCCGCCUACCGCCUGCAGGCGUUUUGGGACAUCCUCGCCGCACGGCGAGCGGCGCCGCGAGCUGGUCCAGCAGGAGCUGCCGGCCCCGAGCCUGGCGCCCGGCACCUACGCGCUGCAGCUGACCUCCCACAACAGCCGGGCGGCCUUCUCCGCGAGGCCCGUCUUCGGCCCCAGCUUCCGGGCCACCGGCUCGAAGUGACCUGGGCGUGCCGCCGUGCUGGGAGUAGUAGUAGUAGUAGUAGUAGUAGUAGUAGUAGUAGUGGUAGUAGUAGUAG